GCGCCACCCGCUGGUCUGUCCGGGACUUACAGCGACGAGACACGCUGAACACAACGGUCCCGCCCUGAAUUGAAACUUUGGCGGCGCCAGAAUCGAGGCGCUCGGUGUUAGACACAGCAACAGCCGUACGGGCGGGGUUUCUCCCCUUUUGGCCACAUACAAUUCAAUAGACUCCGCCCGUCUAUGUCCGGUGGUCGAUGUGAAGAAAAGAAACGCCCACUUGUGACACAGGAGCUUCUUUUCAAACCCUUCGUGCUGACGGAAGUAAACGAAGCAGAGAAGUUGGUCAACAACGAGGCUAAUGUAGCACAGUGUUUAGUGAAUGACACUUUAUUAGCUUGUAAGAAAUAAUAGUAACGGCACAUACAUGUAUAUAUAACGUUGCCAUACGAACUAACAGAUGUGUAAAUCAUAGCUAAUAUUCAUGUAAAUAUGGUGAGUCUGAGACUUAGCUGUGGUUAGCUAAUAGCUACUGUAACUCAAACAUGUCCAGUACAUGAUGAGUUUUUAUGGUCGCACCGAUGCUGCGAUGACGGACACACCAUGAGGAGAGAAAACACGUGGGCCAGCAGGUAACUGUUAAAAACUUCAGUGAGGAAGGAGCAGCUGCUGAUGAAGAGGAUGGACACAGUUUGGAUGGAGUGACAUCAUCCCAAGGUGGAGUACCAGGGUCCCCCGGACAUUUUGGCUCUGAGGGGUCAUGUCUGAAGACCAAGCAGAGCUGCUGGAGCCAGAGAGGGAUGAGAGCCCAGCUGCUCCCUCUGCCUCUCCCACCAGCCUCAUGGACACCUGUGCUCCUUCCAUAUCAAGUCUCUCCUCCGCCUCCGGCAGCUCCGUCCAUCAUCAAGCAGAUUUUUCUUCUUCAUCGUCAUCUUCCUCUGUCCUGUCUCUUACUCCACCCUUGCCUCCCUCUGUGGAGCUCUCUGCUGUGUUGACUGACACAAGGCUGACCCUGGAUGUGUACCAGGGGGGAGCAGCCGCGCUGCCCCUGCUGUGGGCGUCCGUCCCCCGGCAGCUGAGGGGGCUCCAGUACCUGAGACUGGGCUCUGAAGACAAACCAGGGCUGGAUGGGGCAGUGGACGUUCUACCUCAUCUGACAGAACUGCGGUCACUGGCUGUUCGGGGACACCGUUUUUAUGACUCGAGAGGUGACCCGCUGCCUGGCCUCCUCGCCACUCUGCCCUCAUCUGUUUCCGCCCACUCUCAUCUGGUGCACCUGGAUCUCUCCUUCAACCAGCUCUCCUGUCUGCCCUCCUCCCUGCUCAGCAUUCCCACGCUGUCCUCCUUGCUCCUUUGCCACAACCGCCUCUCAGCUCUGCCUCCAGACAUAGGCCUACUGUCCUCCCUCUCCUACCUCUCCCUCCUGGGGAACGAGCUGGUCUCCCUUCCUCCGAGUCUGGGUCGGCUGAAAGCGCUGCAGGCGCUGGACGUAUCGCACAAUCUCCUCCAGCAUCUACCUGAUGAAAUAGGUUCUCUGGAGGAGCUUGUUAGGCUGGAAUUGUCCCACAACAAGCUGAAAGAGCUACCAGAGACCUUGGGCUCUCUCCUUUCGCUCAGGGAGCUUUUCCUCUCCAGCAAUGACCUCCGCCUGAUCCCACAUUGUCUGAACAAACUGCCUCUGCUGAAAAUAGAUGUGCGUGACAAUCCUAUGGGACGACCGCUAACCCCUCCACCUCUGUCUCCUACACCUGAUCAAGCUGAAACAAAAAUCCCAGAGUUGCACCUCGGAUUGAAUCAGCACAGUUUCUGUGUUUCGUCUGCUGGCUGUCAUGUGUUUCUCCCCGGGGGGGGAGAGCUACUGUUCCCCCCGGGGUGCCUAGUGACGACCACCAGACUGCAGUGGGUUGAGAAAAGGCCACAAAAGAAGUGGGUGUGGUUGGAGGAGCAUGAAAUCCUGCUGAGUCGCCCUCUGGAACUGCGUCCCCAUGGGAUUACCUUUCUCAAGCCUGUGCAGGUGUGUGUGCCAUAUCAUCGAACAAAAAGAAAGCAGGUGGUCGUGCGGAGGUUUGAUGGACAGUCGUGGAGCACCCUGCCCACUGAUCUGAGGAGGGGGAGCGAGGGCCAUAGCAGUCACCCUGGAGGACGUCCCGCCAGGCUGGCGUGCUGCUCAGUGAGCCAAUUCUCCUGGUUUAUGGCAGUGUCCCGUCUAGUGAAGGACACUUGCUCCGUUACACCAACUGGAACGCUGCUGGUUUCCAGCUCUGACCCUGGAAUCAAGCUCCACUUCCCUCCAGACUGCACCGCACAGACCCGUACCAUAACACUACAGGUGUUGCAGGUGUCUGUGUCAGAGGUGCAGGCGCUGUGUGGUGACCCUCAGGCCAGAGUCAGCCCUCUUCUCUGCCUCUCCCAGACUCCCAACAUGCAAUUCCUGCAGCCAAUCAAAGUUCAGAUCCCUUUGCCACCCGGAGUCACAGGCCAUACAGUUGAUGAGACCUGUUUGCAUGUGCUCCACGGGGACCCCACUGCCCAAACCUGGACUGACAUCACAUCACAAGUGUCUCUCUGCUUCACUCAUUUGUAUGCCGUUUUCUACAUUACACAUUUCUCCUGGUACUGGCUGUGGUACACCACUCAGCGAUAUGUUAGUGGUGUGGCCAGGAAGGUCUAUCAACGACUGAAACAGUUUAAAGUCCAGUUCUUCGUCCUCCAGCGGAAGCAGGAUCCCUCACAAGUUUUGCUACAGUGUUUACCUUCUAACAAGGUGGAAGGCCGAGUACAGUCGUUGUCAGAGCAGUACGACGGACCUCAGCCGUCAGACCUGUGUGACCUACUUGAAGGAGAGCAGUUCUUCGCCGGCUUCGAGAGGGGCCUGGAUAUCAGCACAGACAGACCAGACUGUGUGCAAGGAAGACUGUGUUUCGUGUUUUACUCCAGCCUGAAGAAUCUGAAGGAAGUGUACAUCUGUCCAGCUCAGGGUCAGAGGGGGCCAGUGAGGGGACAAGUUUCCUUUUAUAGAGGGGACAUUCCCAGCAAUCUACCAGAGGAAGUAGCGAGAACGAGGAAAGGAGACGACAACCAGUGGCUUGCAACUUUGCUGCUAAGGCUUCCUGCUUUAAACUCAGACAACAGUUACAUCCUGGAGGAGAUACAAUAUCCUCCUCUGAACCUGGGUGACCCUGAGAGCGGCUAUCUGACAGAAUCCAACUUGCUGUCCAUCUCUCUUCAGAUAGGACACGAGUGGCGUGUUAUUGGCAUCAAUCUUGGCUUAAGCUACCAGGAGUUGGACCACAUCCAGUAUAAACACAGGGACAACCUGGGAGCAUUGGUGCUGGACAUGCUGUUCCACUGGGCAAGGAACGCAGGGCCAGGGGCUGUGUCCAAGCUGGUGGUUGCUAUGAUGGAGAGUGGCAGGAGAGACCUCGCGGAUGAGAUUGAGGAUAUUGUCAACAUAGGAAGGAGAAAGUACUCACAGUCACUGAGGAGAUUGGGCCUGGAGGCAGACAGCUCCCCCCUUGAAGAAAGCACAGCAGUAGAUGAGGCAGCACCCGCUACAGAUGGCUGCCGUACACUUGAGUAACCAGUUUGUUUAGAGUGCGCCCCCAUCAUCUCAUCCUGCUGUCGAAACAACUGUCUUGGAGUGCAAAACUCUCCUCUUCGCAAUCAUGAUAGUCGGCUACCAGCUGGCCGCAGCUUUUCAUAUACCCUGGAGAGGAACGAUCAGGAAUCACGAAUGGGAUGAACUGCAAGAAGAUGAUCAUCUGUGACUUUAUUUUCCCAACACUUUACACUCCUUUUCGAAACGGUCUCAACAUGUAAUUUGAUACUAAAACAGCUUGUUUCUUCUGAGAACAGAAAAAAAUAUGAAAAGUUAUGCUUUAUAAAAAUACUCACAAUUAUGAGAUACCAAACAACAAUUUGGACUUACUCUUAUAGGACAUCAUGCACAUUUACUCUGAUAAUAUUGUCUUAGUUGGGAUUAGUGAUGCAGUGGGUAGCAUUGUAGCUUCACAGCAAGAAGGUUCCUGGUCUGAGACCUGUUUGGGCCGGGGUCUUUUCGUGUGGAGUUUGCAUGUUCUCCCUGUUUUCUCUGUGUACUCUGGCUUCUGGGUUAAGUGUUAUUUUCAUUCAGUAUCUCAUAAUUAAGUGAAGACCUUGGUCUAAUGUGUCAAAAUUGUAUUUACUAUUUAAAAAUAUUGCAGGCUCAAUAUUGCAUAAUUGACGCACCACCAAAUGUUGACUUUCGCAUAUCACAGAUGGAUUGAUAUAUCAUAAUUCGUCAAUUAAUAUAUAACCAAUUUAAUAGUAAUUGUUUGACAUUAUAUUUCAAAAUUAUGGUAAGUCAAAAAUGUCACUUAUCACAUAAUUAUGACCCAGUAUCUGAAAUUGCCUCAGUAUUUCAUCUUAUUACUUGUUUAAUUACACUAACAGAACUAAUUUAUUCGAAUCCUUUCACCACUUACCUUUUGUUUCAUUUCUUGUCCACUAUAUGAUUCAUUUGUACGUGUCCAGGACACACAGAAGCCAUGGGACAGUCUCUUGAGGUCUGAAUAACCGUCAAAGUGCAGGACAAGGCAGUUUUUAACGGUUGAUUAAAAUAUCCUCCAUGUGUGCCUUUGGUCGCUGAGCAACCAGUCGAGCUACAACACAGACUCAGUGACUCGUGUUUGAUUUUUCUAAUGUAUGAAUUGAAUGCUUCUUGUGAGUAAAACUGAUACAAA